AUGCAAUCCUCUAUUCGCUUUUCUCUAGGACUCAUUUCUAUCCUUGGCUUUGCCUACUUGGCUCAAGCUCAUCCAUUGAGUUCUAGAGAAACAGUUAAAUCUGCUGAAUCCACCGAAGUGGCUAUACCUGGUUCUCAUGAAAGUGUGGAAACUAAAGAAGUUGCUCUCCCAGAAGAAGGAAAAACUACUGCUAUUGAUACUCUUGGAAAACCGAAUGGAAGAGUGAAACGUCAAGGAGGAGGAUGCGGAUGUUGUGGAUGUGGAUGUGGAUGCGGAUGCUGCUGUUGCCGCCCACGUUGUUGUUGCUGUUGCAGAAGAUGUUGCACUUGUUGCAGAACUUGCUGCUGUACCCGCUGCUGCACUUGUUGCCGCCCAUGCUGCUGUGGAUGCGGAUGCGGAUGUGGAUGCUGUGGUUGCGGGGGAGGAGGACGUAAGCGUCGUUCUCUCCAAACUCUCAAGAUCAAGCUCGCCGAGAAGGUCCAUAGAGAAGCUAGACAAAUUGAACAAGUCCCAGAAGAUAUUGCUCCAGUUGAGACUGCUGAGAACAUCGAGACUCCAGAAACUGAGAACAAGCCAGAAGAAGUGGAGACAGCUACCGAGUGGCCAGAGCCAGUAUACGAGCUUGUUACUGAGACUUGGGCUCACUAA